AUGUACUCUUCGACCAACACCACAUCGGUGACGCGAACACGAAGCUCCCGAAUACCGCCCUCCUCCACUACCAGCAUCUUGCAGCCGUCAUCAGCCACCGCGACUUCUUCGGCUCCAGGAAUCUCUAAUAUUGCACUCUUCCUGACAAAUCUACGGCUUCUUGAUCUUGAUUUGCGGGGGGACUGGCCGAAUAUCACUGAUAGGACCUUCUCAACCAAAGAUGCUCAGCAAAACCAGAAGAAGCGCAUCCACUGCGUAGAAUGGGCUCUCUGUCAAUUGUUCGAACUAUGGGAUCCAGAGGAGACACAAAAUAAAUUACAACCAUUCAUCCCUCCCCGAGAGCCUCUCCAAUCCCUCAACCUUCGGACUGCCCUAUAUAGAUGUCUCGACCAAUUGAAGAAAACCGGCGUGUUAGGGCGGGAUACGGUGCUGAGGAAGACGAUGCUUGACGAGUGCAAGGGCGAGAGAUUAGAAGAGGUUUUGGCAGUGUUUUCAAACGCCGUUCUCAAGAAGGUUCUACUGGAAGGCGGCUCGGCAGAGCACCAAGCGCUCGCACAGCAGCUUUCGUUCGAAAACUUUUCCUACUCCGGGGAGCGAACUGUGCUGUCAGCACUGAUACUCUCCCACAAGGCCUCACUGAAUAGACAUUUGCAAGAAAAGCAUAUGGCUAGAGCGAAGUACACUGACUUCUCCGAGCUUCUCAAGCUGAAUGAUCGUCGGAUUGCCCGUCGACAAGAACAACUGAAAGAGAUGCUCGAGGAAGGCGGCCGGUACGAGCCUAUAUCAGUGACCGAAAUAAGGUCAUUGCAAAGUCAAGUGCAAAAGAAUUGGUCUGGUAGCGAGGCGUGGCUUGGGGCCAUUAUUUAUGGAGAUAGCAAAGCUGGAGAAGAUGGGCUUUUGUCGAAUCGAUUCGAAAAAGUAUGGCAACAUGUCGAGGAUGGAAGCAUCGGUGAAGUUGAAUACAAAGGACGGGUUGGUCUCCUAGAGCAACUGGACGCACGGGUCAAAGAUCAGGAGAAUCGGUUGGCGAGAUGGCAGGACUUCAGCAGGGCUCUGGCAAAGGCUGGUACAAUAUCUCCGUCUAAAAAAAUGGCAACGUCUGGAGCGGAGGGAAAUAAAAUAGAUCUCGGGUUCGAUUGUCACCAGGAUAUACAGAUCACGCGCAACAGUUCUGGUAAAACGAUCGAAACGGUCAACGCAUCACUGGAGGAGUAUGACUGGCUCAUUCGGAAUAUGGCAUCCGAGAUUGCUGAAGUUCGCAAGCCACGAGGCCGUGAUAGUCGUCCCACGCUACAAGGUCUGCAAAAUCAGAUUUCCACUCGCGCCCCAGAAUUCUGCUCUCCACAACAUGAAGCGCCUGUGGAUAUUGAUGAGGAAUGGAUUUCUGCAAGUGAAGCGGAGGAUGCCUUCCCUGGUUUUGCCAGCGGCACUUUAAAGUCCACAUCCCUCACUCCACUAUUAGAAACUGUUGUUGUCGAUCGUCGGCCAAUUGAAAGCGAACUUGAUAUGGCUUCGGUGGAAGAUGUUGCCGAAAGCGGGUUUGGAAACGACCAACAGGAGACUUUCGAGGCUAUCAAGGAAGUUUUGCCUCCCAGAGAUAUUCGCUCACCUUCACCAUUGCCUCCUGAACCAUCCCCUCCGCAAACUACCCUGAAACCUCAGAAUCCCGAUACCAAUAAGUCUCAAUGGGUAUCAGAUAGUGUGCCGCUCAUGAGGCACGAGACUCCGCAACCAGACGCGGAAUCCGAUCUUGUGAAUGAAAUAUUAAACUCGAUGUCUAGCACUUCUCCGUCUCCUAAAAAGCCCCGACAUACCCUGUCAUUGGCAGAGCGUACCCGGCUCUCGAUGUCUCGUGCUUCACACUCUCAACUCUCCGAUCUACACGAUGAUUUCGAUAUUAAAGAUCUCCCUCGACUCUCUAUCAAGCCGCGGCCAUCCCUAGCACCUAGGAAACCAACCGAUGACUCUGAAUCAGACCUGCAUGCGGGGUUGAUUGAGCGUACUCGGAAUAGCAUGGCAGGAUUCGAGGCUGCGCAGAAGAAAGCUCAGCUGGAAAGACGGAAGAGCAUGAAGGAAGCUAAGAAGAAACAGAGGGAGUCUAGCUAUUUCCCGAGAGUCGAGGAAGAGAUAUUCAUGCCGGAUACGGCGCCUACUGAGUUGAUAGAGGGUGAUCCGGAUUACGAAAGUGUGUUUAAAAGCCGGCCUAAGAUCAAGACAAGUCCGGCCGUGAGCCCUACCCGGAUUCGGGAAGAUGAGAGUGAAGGUUCCUGA